CCGCCGCCUUCGUUUUUCAGCAAUCGGGUUCCCCGCGACCCAUUCCUUCUCCUUUCCUCUUUUUAAACCCUCCGAGAUAUAACAAAAAUACUUAACGAGUAAUCAACGUGAUUCUCACGCAUAUUACUCUGCUGGGUUCAUGGAGGAACGGAGCAUAACGCUCGUAUGGGCCUGAGAUGCGCGGCGCCGGAGUCGUCGAUCGCUGAAAACGAUACUUGGCGUUUGGGUUUGGGGACAUGGCGGGCGGAAGCGGGAUAGGGAUACUGAAGCGCUUUAUGCGGGAUAGCUCCCUCAAAUCCCUCUUCGGCGGUGGCAGCGGGCGGAGGAAGACCGCGGAGGACGACCCCGCCCCCAUUCCCCAGCUCUCCCCCAUCGCCAACUCCGUCGUCUCUCGCUGCUCCAGGAUUCUUCUCCUCUCAACAGAGAAGUUGCAGCAGUGUUUUGAGACUGACUUGCCUGCUGAUGUCAAGCAACCCACUGUGUAUGCAAGACAUUUAUUAGAGUACUGCUGUUAUAAAGCUCUUCAAGUGUUGACUGAUCAUCCAGAUUAUUUGGCUGACAAAGAUUUUCGCCGCUUAACAUAUGAUAUGAUGCUUGCGUGGGAAGCCCCUGGUGAAGGGAAUGAAUCUUUAUCAAAAGUGAGACACCUACAAUUGUUAGAAGUGGAUAUUUGUAAGAAGUUCUGAUGUUAUUUAAUACCCUUUUUCCAUAGAGGAUUUUAAUUUGAUGUUCCAUAAAAAAAAAUCAUGUUACUAUUUGCUUAUGCAAUUAUAUUGCUCAUACUCC